AUGCUGCUUGUAUUUGUUCCUAACGUCAGAGGCAGACAUCAAGAACUUCGAAAAGAUCUCUUAUCUAUUAAAGAUAUCAUAGCUGGAGUAGAAAGAAAACUUGACGCCUUUUCAAUGGAUAAUGCGGGAAGAAUUCAAAGCAUUGAAUCAAAUCUUGGGAUUUUGCUCAACAAAAUGAGUGAUAUUAACAGAAAAAGUCAGUUAUUAAGUGAAAUACAUCAAGACAAUGACGCUCGAAGAGACAUCCUACAGAGGAUAUCCAGAAGCCUGGAAGAAUUAGGACGUAAACAAAUUACUACAACCGGAAAGAAAACCGGAGCUGAAAUAGACCGUUUGGAAAAGUUAUCAGAAAACGUUCAAGCUUUGUUUCAAAUUUUUGGUGGAAUGAAUAGGAAGUUAGACGAUUUACAAACCAGGAUUGAGCGAAUGCCAAAUGUGUGCCCAACAAGUGACUUGAAAUUUUUUAUAACAAAAAAAAUUGAUUCUCUUACAGCAUCUACUGCUUUGCUCUCAGAAUGCAUUGAAUGUGACAGAGAAUCACUAAAAGAUGUUUUACAUUCUUUUAUACGAAGCCCUUUAGACAAUAUUGCUAAAAAGUGUAGCACAGGAGAUUUAGAAAAAAGUAUAAGUAGGAUACUUGAAUCAAAAUGGAAAGAUAUGAUGGAUUCCGUGCAAUCCAUAGUUCACUUUAAGAUGGAGAGUUUUAGUAGUCGGUUAGAAAAUGCUGUUCAGGAUUGCAAUUGCGCAAGUGGAAGUCAAGCCCAAUAUACAGCACAUGAUAUAGCAUAUUCACAUGAUACCCCUAGGGAGCUUCGAGCUUCAAGUAAGGCGACAGCUGAAGAUGGGAGCAUUCCCAGAGAGACUCCAGGAAGGAUAUUUCGUAAAUUAUGGAGGAAAAUGACUGAACCCAUCAAUAAAGUAGGUGAAAAAAUCGAAGCAUUAGCACAAACUAUAGAGACAUCCAAUGCAAAACAUCAUAAUGAUACUAUAACAAAACUUAAGGAAGUUUCAGGAAAAGCUAAACCAGGGGAACCUUGCACAAAGCAAAUACAAGCAAUUUUCAAUGCCACAAAGGAUACGGCUCAAAGAAUUGGUCAUAUAGAAUCCAGGCAACUACAAGUGCAAAAUGUUUGUGCAAAAAUCUUGUCGGAAGUUGAGAGGGUUAAAAGCAAAAUUCAAGUGGGAAAUUCUGCCUUUAUCCCUGGUGUUCCAGAAGUGCACCAUGAAGUUGUUGGGGAAGGUUAUUUAGCAGAAAGUUGUGCCGAUCUACAAACACAGGGUACCAUAAGGAAUGGUGUUUACAGCUUGAAGCCUAAAAGUGUUGAAGAAGCAUUCUUAGCCUUUUGUGAUCUCGAAACCGAGGGAGGAGGAUGGACAGUGCUACAAAGAAGAGGAGAUUUUGGUGAUGAAUUUCGACAAAAUUUCACUCAAAGCUGGGAAAUGUACAAACGUGGAUUUGGCGAUCCACAGCGGGAAUUUUGGAUCGGAAAUGAAAAGAUACAUUUUCUAUCAACUCAAGAAAAUGUUAAGCUAAGAGUUGAGUUAGAAGAUUUCGAAGGAAAUAUAUCGUUUGCAGAAUAUUCUAGGUUCAGAGUGGAAGACGAAUCUCAGCAAUUCCGGUUAUCAGUGGGAGAAUACCGGGGAAAUGCAACUGACUCCUUGAGUUUGCACGAUGCAAAAAUGUUUUCUACUUAUGAUCGUGACAAUGACGAAGUUGCUUCCUGUUGCAAUUGUGCAGAUACUUUUAAAGGCGGAUGGUGGUAUUACAGGUGUUUUGAAGCUAAUUUGAACGGCCCAUAUCAUACAGAUCCUACUGAAAAUGGAUACUUUCUUGGCAUCAUAUGGGAACGCUGGCGUGGUGAUUACUCUCUGAAAUCAUCCGAAAUGAAGAUUCGACCACUUUCUUUCGAUGAUUUGCAAGACCCGUGAAUCUGUUUGCUGUUAAAAGCCAUUUCUAGUCUUCCACGGAGUUGCAUCGAGUCUGUUGGCGCAGUAAUGCACGUCUGUUAUGAAGAUAUGAAAUUAAGAGUGAUGGACGAUGGCUCGAAGAAAAGCUCGUUAAUCUGUCAACUUUUGAAAUAAAAGCAUUUAAAAAAUAAGAAAAAAGUGCAUUUGGGAUAUUUUGCUUUGCUGUACUUCUACUAUUGAUUAAGAUGGAGAUAAUAAUUUAAGAGUUGGUAUUUCAAUCUAACGUUUCCUACGUUUCUAAUUCCUUUUUGCUGUAGAAAUCAAUGCGUAAUUACUUUUUCACAAAAAAUGCUAGUGAAGGCUAUUUUGCAUAAAAUAGGGCAAACUGACCAGGAAAUGAA